AUGGCUGACACCAUGAAAUGGCGUCUGUUCAUGAUGUGUGUUUUAGGUCUAGCUUUGAAAGUUGAAAAAGUUACUUCUUCGCAAGAGAUAUUGAAAAAAAUGACAAUGGGUUUCUCUAAAGUCUUGGAACAAUGUAAAACUGAGAUGAACCUUUCGGACCACGUGAUGCAGGACUUCUACAAUUUCUGGCGGGAGGAGUAUGACCUGGUAAACACUGAAAUGGGCUGUGCCAUCAUGUGCAUGGCGGCCAAGUUCGACCUCAUCACCGACGAUAUGAAACUGCAUCACGGCAAAGCGCACGAAUUCGCAAAGUCACAUGGCGCUGACGACGACAUAGCGAAGCAACUGGUCGGGCUGAUCCACGAGUGCGAGAAGAUCCAUAUGGGCAUCACCGAUGACUGCAGGAAGGUGUUGGAGAUAGCUAAGUGCUUCCGCACUAAAAUCCAUGGCCUCAAAUGGGCACCUACUUUGGAGGUUGUGCUUGAGGAGGUCAUGACUGAGGUUUAAGAGGGAAAUAAGAAAAUUAGGGGAUUUUGUAAGAAGAUACAUUCAAAGCGAAACUUGUACACCUCUUGCCACUUUACGAUUUUCAUAACAUAUUUCCAAAGUGUUUCAAAGUUUAGCUUUGUUUCUGGAGCUGUAAUGCUCAAAGAUGUCUACGAACAAGUUGCAACCUACAUACGUAGGUAAUAACAGUCAUCUUUUUAUAAAAUCCUAUUUCAAAACUGUACCCGAUUUAACGACUUUUGGCAUUCAUAUGGGAUUUUGAGCAUGAUGGCGACUGUUUAGCCCUUUUGCAUUAUUCAUUAAAGACGCUUCUCCCAAACUCUCGGUAAGUUGCCUACUAUAAGUUAUGUUUUUAGUUAUAUUA